CCAGAGCCUCCAGCAGUCCAUCGGCGACAACACCACACGCAAUUGACAGCCACGGGCCCACCAGGCAUCGCCAUCGCCACACUCUUUUCAAAGCGAUUCGAUUCACAUCCUUGUUCGACGUGCCAUCGCGCCCACCCGGAGCCCCAGCCCAUCGAGGGCAACUCCGCUGCCACCAUCGUCAACAUGUCCCUCGUCAAUCUCGCACACGUAUGCUCACAUCUGCAAAAUGCUUCGAAAGCGCGACUCGGCCUGACAUCAAUACCCGUCUCCAAGAUGCACGUCAACAUCGCGCUCGGUUUGCAACGCGAAGGCUUCCUCUCCUCUGUCACACUGGGUGGCUCUGCGCCGCCCAGACCCUUCCUUCUACAAGCACAAGCCGAUCCAGAGCAAUUCGAGAAGAUGGCCGAGACGCUGAAAGUGGAGCCGUGGCACGCAUACCCCACUGAAGCACCGACAAAGGGAAAGAGCAAUACAGAGCUUGCGCUGGGCAAGGAGCAAGUGCACGAAGUUCAUGUGCCUGAAAACCCAGCGCGACGAAGAUUAUGGCUAGGGCUGAAAUACUGGCAGAAUGAGCCGGUACUCAAGAACAUGAAGCUGGUAUCGAAGCCUACACGGCGGAUAUGGCUUACUUCAGAAGACUUGGGCAGGAUUACCAGGACAAGAGAGUCGAGCUAUGUGAAGGGAUUGACGCAUCCGGGAGAAUGCAUGUUCCUUACGACGGAUCGAGGGAUACUGGAGGCGAGAGAAUGCGUCGAGAGACGUUUGGGUGGAAUGGCGCUAUGCAGGGUGUGGUAGUGUAAGAGCAAAGAAUAUUUCUUGCGUGUACCAACACCUGCGGAGGAUUCCGGAUUGUUAGGUCUGCGGUAUUGCAUGGCUAGGCGUUGUAAGAAACUCUGUAACAGUAGGAAGACAUAUUCAUGUGCGUUGCAUCAUGGCGGGAUACACUUGCACCUACUGCUGUAGAAAUAUUCGACUCGUUCCCGACCCGAGCUUCGGGUUGCACCCUGACCCUUAGACAAUGACGAUCUAGCAGCCUGGAUUCCAUUGUAUGUUUAACACCAUGUUCAGCUCGGCCUAAUU